CACCCGUCAUCUCUGCUGCAUCUUCUUCUCCAAAAACACACGCAGAAGCAGAAGCAGAAGCAGAAGGUCAUAGAGCUCUCUGAACUAAAAUGGCAGCUUUAGAGCUCUUCUUCUUAAGCACUACCCCUUCGUCUUCCCCUCUCUCUAAGUCACUCUCUCUCCUCUCCCCACUUCUCAGACCUUCUUCCUUUUCUCUCUCCCCCUCACGUCCCUCGCUUGUUCCGUUCCGCAAAUCUUUUCCCUCCAUUCCUCGCUGCAUUUCCAGCUUAUCUUCCGAUGAAUUCAACGAAAACGAAGACGAAGAGUAUGAGGAAUUUGAAUAUGAAGAAGAAAGUGGCGACGAUCCUGACGGUGAAAGUUACGCCAUGAUUGAUGUGGACGCCCUCGAACAAGAAGCUCUGGACGCUGUUCGAGAUUUUUCCUCUUCCUUGUCCAACCAGCUCAAAAUCGAAGAUGAGAAAAUUGACCAUAAGGAAAUUGGUCGAAAGCAGAAGAGGCAUAAAAGUACUGUGAAAAGUAUCCCUGACCAUCUUCUUCCAAAAGUUGCAAUUGUUGGAAGGCCAAAUGUUGGUAAAUCAGCAUUAUUCAAUCGUCUUGUUGGGGGGAACAGGGCUAUUGUAGUUGAUGAACCUGGGGUUACAAGGGACCGCUUAUAUGGCAGAUCUUUUUGGGGGGAUUAUGAAUUCAUGGUAAUUGAUACUGGAGGUGUUCUCACGCUUUCCAAAUCACAUGAUAAUGUUAUGGAAGAAUUAGCUAUUACAACAACAAUUGGCAUGGAUGGGAUUCCACUUGCCUCCAGGGAGGCAGCUAUUGCUAGAAUGCCCUCGAUGAUUGAACGACAAGCUACUGCAGCUGUAGAAGAAUCAUCUGUCAUCAUAUUCGUGGUUGAUGGCCAGGCAGGUCUGACAGCAGCUGAUGAGGAAAUUGCGGGCUGGUUACGUAAAAACUACUCGGAUAAGUGUGUCAUUCUGGCAGUUAAUAAGUGCGAAUCUCCACGGAAAGGAAUGAUGCAGGCAAUAGAUUUCUGGUCCUUAGGGUUUUCACCACUUCCUGUAUCUGCUUUGUCUGGAACUGGCACCGGAGAACUGCUAGAUUUUGUUUGUUUAGGACUGAGAAAGAUUGAGGGUCAAGCGGAUUUUGAAGAAGAGGAGGAUUAUAUUCCUGCAAUGGCAAUUGUUGGUCGACCAAAUGUUGGUAAAAGUAGCAUUUUGAAUGCGUUGGUUGGAGAAGACAGGGCUAUUGUUAGCCCAGUCAGUGGAACUACCCGAGAUGCCAUUGAUACUGAGUAUACGGGACCAGAUGGCGAGAAGUUCCGUCUGAUUGAUACUGCUGGAAUCAGAAGAAGAGCAGUUGUAGCUUCAUCAGGUAGCGUGACAGAGGCUCUAUCAGUAAAUCGAGCGUUCCGUGCUAUUCGUCGUUCUGAUGUUGUAGCUCUUGUUAUUGAGGCCAUGGCUUGUAUUACAGAGCAGGAUUUCAAGAUCGCUGAAAGGAUAGAAAAAGAAGGGAAAGGUUGCCUUAUAGUAGUUAAUAAAUGGGAUACCAUACCAAAUAAAAAUCAGCAGACUGCAAUGUACUAUGAGCAAGAUGUUAGGGAGAAGCUUCGCAUACUUGAUUGGGCUCCUAUUGUAUAUUCAACUGCCAUAGCUGGUCAGAGUGUGGAAAAGAUAAUUGGUGCUGCUAGCAUGGUUGAAAAGGAGAGAUCAAGAAGGUUAGGUACUUCCAUAUUGAAUCAAGUUUUACAGGAAGCACUUGCUUUCAAAGCACCUCCAAGAACACGCGGUGGCAAGCGUGGACGUGUUUAUUACUGUACUCAGGCUGCUAUAAGGCCACCUACGUUUGUGUUCUUUGUUAAUGAUGCAAAACUUUUUCCUGAGACCUAUCGGCGUUUUAUGGAGAAGCAACUACGUACAGAUGCAGGAUUUUCUGGUACACCAAUCCGGCUUCUAUGGCGCAGCAGGAGAAAAUUGGAAAAAAGUGAUGGAAAAUCUAAAACAGGACCACAAGCCAAUCUUGUGCCACGUAAUAGAAAAUUGGCACCGUCAAGUACCUGGAGACGAGACGUUUCAUCAUCCUGAUAUAAAUCAAGAAAUGCCGCGGGAGAUGCUGAAAAUAACAGGUGAAUUCCAAAUAUGAAUAGACCAGUGAAUUACUAGCUGUAUUAACCCUUUUUUUUUUCCCUGCAUCUUUCCUGGCUGGAAAGUGGGGACACAUUCCUAAGUUUCCAUCAAGCAGGGAAUUGGAAAACGACAGGAAAAUACACCUCCACAUCUUUAUGGUUCUGACGUUGGCUCUACAGUCUGCAUUUCCCUUUCAAGUUGCUUAUCGGACGGGGAAAUGCGCAUUGUAAAAAAAAAUAUAUAUAUAUAUAUCAGGAAAAUGCGCAUUGUAAACAAAUUAAUUAGUGCUGCAAUUAUAUGCUUUCUUCAGUUCUUGUCACAACUAUCAACCGACAUUUUGAUUAGAUGGUU